AUGCCGUGCUUAUUUUCAUUCCACCACCAACGAUGUGUUUACAUACAAGCGUGUUGUGUCGUAGGUGAGCCCUGCCAGCUGUACUGCAGCGACGCCAACGAGACUGUAAUAGUGCCCUGGGGAGACUACGCGAUUGAUGGGACACCGUGCAGCGUCGUCUCCAGAGACAUCUGUAUAUCAGGUAUAUGCAAGAAGGUCGGCUGCGACUGGGUAGUAGACUCCACCGCGAAGGAGGAUGACUGCGGCAUCUGCCAGGGGGACGGCACCAAAUGCGAUAAGAAGUGGGGAGAGUACAACAAGCAAAGCCGGUCGCCCGGGUACAGGGAAAUCGUCGUGAUACCUCAGGGUGCUCGUAAUAUCCGAAUCGAGGAGAAAGGCUAUUCGGAGAACUAUAUCAGCAUCGGCAGCGCCCUGUCCAGGAGGUUUUAUCUGAACGGGAAGAGGCACAUCACCCUGCCGGGAGAGUACACAGUUGCGGGCACGCAAGCCCUCUACGAGAGAGACAAUCACCUGGAGAAGAUCCGUAUCCCGGGGCCUGUGCUGGAACCCAUAGUUCUCUAUAUUUACUACAAAGGCAAAACCCACAAUCCGGGCAUAGAAUACCAGUACUCCAUCUGGAAACCAGAAACCACCAAGGAGGUGCGCUACACGUGGAUCCUGGGCGACUGGUCCCAGUGCUCUUCUACCUGUGGUGGUGGCGUUCAGCUUCGCCGUCCUUUCUGUCAAAAGUCGGCAGUGUCGUCGAUGUCGCCUGAAAUCGAACAAACCAGCCUGGUGGAGGAUGCUAUGUGUCAGUCCAAAGACCGGCCGCAUAUAGUUACGGAGAAAUGCAAUGAAGAUCCCUGUCCCUACCAUUGGUGGGUGGGGCCCUGGCAAGAUUGCCCAGUCGCCUGUGCUGAUCAGGGGAAGAAGCCGAUGAAACACCGAAGCGUGAUGUGCGUCGACUUCCACGAGAUGGCGCUACCAGAUCAUUUCUGCGACAAAAAAGUGAAGCCUCACGACUACGAACCUUGCAAGACCUUACCACCUUGUGAUUAUGUCUACAGAUGAAUAUUUUUAUAUAUAAUAGCGAAUACUAACUUACGUAUAUUUUAUUUCUUUUAAGAUCCGAAAUCGUAGAAAUUUCUGCACAUUGAAGAAGCAACUAACUACCCACUGGAAGUUUGGAAAAGAAAGACUAUUUUGAUGAACUAAAAGUUUGUAUAAUUAUGAGAUGAUACAAUUUUUUAUAUUUAAAUUUGUAUUGUUGUUGGACACUGCGGAGAAGUUUUGUUAAUAAAUAUUCAGUAA